GACGCACAAGGAGAAACCCCGAGACUUUGAAAGCCAGGGACACAAAACCACUGCUUUCGACCCCAUUCAGGAGGAGUGGGAAUUUCUGGAGUUUAAUCACGUAAUUAAAAAGGUGAUGUUUGAGGAAGAGGCGAUGGAUGAGGAGAACAGCUCCCCGGAGUCUCAACUGGACAGUUUGGGAAACAGCGAGGAAGAGCUCGACAGGCGACCCCCUAAAAGAAGCGCCAGGAAAAGACGACCGAGCAGGAAGAACAGCGAGGAUUCGGGCAGCCCGACGCCCGGGAAGCGAAGCAAAAAGUGCAGCAGUAGCAGCAGCAGCAGCAGCCCGGAGUCUCUGGAGGACCUGCAGACGCAGCGCGUCAUGGCGAACGUGCGCGAGCGACAGAGGACUCAGUCUCUGAACGACGCGUUCGCAUCCUUGCGCAAAAUCAUCCCGACGUUACCUUCCGAUAAACUGAGCAAGAUACAGACUCUCAAACUCGCGGCCCGGUACAUCGAUUUCCUCUGUCAGGUUUUGCAAAGCGACGAACUGGAUUCGAAAAUGUCCAGCUGCAGUUAUGUGGCGCACGAGAGACUCAGUUACGCGUUUUCUGUGUGGAGAAUGGAGGGCGCGUGGUCCAUGUCAACAUCCCAUUAAUGCAUGGAUGCACUUGUAUGAUUUUUGGCCUCGAGUAACGAGUCUUAAGAAUCGAGCUGAACCCACUGGAAGGACCAUUGGACGAAAAAUGGCGAAAAUAAAUGAGGAUUAUCAAAGGGGGGGAUUCUGGAGCAUUGUGACGUCGCUGCAAGCACUUACAAUUGUAAACAGGAAUUACAAUCAAAUCUGGGCUUGCAAUUACAAUGUUGCUGUUCUGACGCUGAAUGUGGAAACCAUGUGCUUCUGUAUACAUGCAUGUCGACCAGCCGUGCAACAGCAGGAAAAGACAUUGCAACAGAGGGCUUGUAGUCAUAUUUAUUGACUUUUUUUACGGAAGGAAGAAAACAUUCAAAUAGCUCGGCUCAAAUCUGUGUAUUUUCUUCGUUUGGUCCAAGAAAAUGCAUUUAUUUAUUUAUUAAUGAUUGUCACAAUGCAGAAUAGAUCUGGUGUCUUCUUGCAUUUCUAUUUUAAAUACUGUGCG